CGUCGCUGCGACCAAUCUGGUCCUUUAGAGUCACGUCCUCACAACGUUCCAGUUUGGUCCUUGAGACGUACGAAAUAACGUCCCCACGACGAAUAUGGGAAUCACAAAGCUACGUUGCUGGAACGUUAUUUGCGACGAACAUUGGAUCACCUUACAAAAACCAAGAUAUGAACACAAACGGGUGCGUUUUACAAACAGGAAGAUAUUUGGACCAGGAGACUCGUACUUACCAGCAUGUGCAGGAGGAUCAAAGUCGUGCAUUAUUUGUACUUCGGUGAUAACACAAGGUAGGUAUUAUGAUUGAUGUAUUAUUUUGCUAUAUUUUAUUAUUUAAAAUUUAAUCUCGUUAGUUUUAUUCUAAGCAAGAAAUAACAUCAACCAUUAUGGCAUGUUGAUAAAACAAUGUGCAUGCAUCCUUUAUGUGAAAGUGGAAAAAUAUCCAAAUACUAUUAAUGAAAACUCAAAGUCAAAGUUGGUUUUGAACUAUUUUUUAGUUUGGUGCAGUAUACUUAGUUUCACAAAAAUAAAGGUAGCUUAACAGCAUGAAGAGAUGCACAUCUCUUAAAUGUGUAGAACAGCACUGUGUAGAACAGUCAUCAAAAUAUUUGUACUGCAAAUUAAAUUCUAUAAUAAUAAUAAUGAUAAUAAACAUCUGUAAAUACAAUUUCAACCACUGCAUGACAUUGCUAAAUUGCUAAAUCAUUCCUAAAUUACCGUACAGUAUUAUUUACAAGGUUGAUAUUAUAGAGUGUGUUUAAUAGUGUGUGUAUAAUAGUGUGUUUAAACAAUAUACAUUAUUUACACAGUUAACAGACUGAGUAAUGUUAUAUUGAGCAUAACAUUUUUUUUUCUUUUUCUUUCUCAGAAAUUGGCCAAAGUGUGGUACUGUUCAAAGCACUCUGCUGGACACAGUGCUGUGUUGCAAGGUUUGCACAUGAACCUCGUCUUCUGCCUUUUCUGCGGGCACUUUUUGGUGGUCAGGCAGACCUUGCAGUGUCUGCGUGUGUUCUUCCCCUGUUGGACAGUUGCAGGGAUCUCAGAAGGGAAAUGCCGGGCAGUGAGACGAAGUGGGUUGUAAGCAGGAGGGCGUCCACCAGCAGAUGGCUUCCGGGGACUGUGGUGUUCUUCCACAGGUUGGCGAACAAGAUUUUGACGGAACUUUUGAGGGUGACAUCUCUGCUGAGUGGACUGUUGUCAGCAUGUGGACAUCUCGUUUGUCAUGCCACUUCACUGCCAGCAUUUCUUCACAACUUUUGAAAUCUGCUUCCCAACUGGACAUCUUGUUUGGAAAGUGUGGCAUGCCCUUUCUGUUGGCCCUCACUGUUCCACAAGCCCCAGUUUUGGCUCUCAGCAGGUGAUGGAGGAGAGAAGGACUUGUGUACCAGUUGUCCACGUACAGUGUAUGCCCUCUCCCCAGAUAUGGCUUCAGCAGUGUCAGCACGACUGAGCCAGACACACCAAGUCCUGGAGUGUGUGUGAUGUCUGUACUGGAGCCAGUAUAGACUAUCACAUUGAGGACGUACCCAGUCAGACCAUCGCACAGCAUGAAGAGCUUGAUCCCGAACCUGUUCCUCUUUGAUGGAAUGUACUGCCGAAAUCUAAGCCGACCUUUCCACAGCAGCAAUGACUCGUCGAUGCACAAGUCCCUGUGAGGAAUGAACAUCUGCCCAAAAGCAGCCAUCAAAGAGGUGAAAAUGCUUCUAAUUUUGUUCAGAGGAUCUCUGAAGUUUGCUGUGGCAUUGUUAGCAAAGUGGAGGGCCCUCAGUAGCAGUUGGAAGCGAUCCAGAGAGAAGAGAUUGGAGAAAAAAGGGGUCUGUAUUAUUGGAUCGGAGACCUUUUUCUGACCAGGCCCAUAAGAAUGACUGCUGCCAGAAAUGUGUAAAUUUCAUUUACAGUUGUUUUAGACCACUUUGCCAGCUUUCCAGGGAUAGUAGCUGACUCUUUCAACUGAUGUGCAUACCUAUUGGUCUCCUCCACCACUUGCUCCACGAGUUGCUCAUUCAUGAACAAUCUGAAACAUUCUGCCUCAGAAGGAUUUGUCGGACUACCUUGAACUCCUGUGGUAGUGUUGUCAAAGUCCAUGUCUGGUGGAGAGAAUGGAUCAGAUGUCCAGGUUGGAUGAAAGUCCUCCACAACAGCGCCCUCACUGGCAGGGCCGGCAUUGUUAGGGAUCGCCGGCACUUCGGAACGCUCACAGGCUGAAAGGUUUUCCGGGAGGUGGGUUUCCUCGUCACUGUCUGACAGCUGUCUGUCACUGUCGCUGCUGGAUUCAGCGUCCGAGUCAAAAAGAAUGUCCAAAAUCUCAUCACGAGUGUGUUUGGUGCUGAUCAGUAUGAGGUGAAGUCAGUGUCAGUGAUGGAGGGAGGUUCUGUCACUCUAAACCCUGAUCUUACUCAAAUAAAGAAUUUUUAUUUGAUAGAGUGGAGGUUUGAAGACCCAGUCAUUGCUCAAACUAAUGGAAAGGACAUCACAUAUCCCAAUCACACUGACAUAUUCAGAGACAGACUGCUGCUGGAUCAGACUGGAUCUCUCACCAUCAAGAACAUGAGAAUCAAACACUCUGGACUCUAUAAACUACAGAUCAGGCACAGCACUGGGACAUUGAAAGGAAAAUUCAGUGUUACUGUCUAUGAGUCUACAUCUAAAGCUGAAAUGAAGAGCAUGUCAUUGAUGGAGGGAAAUCCAGUCACUCUUCAGACUGAUGUUCCUCAACUAUACGGAGAUGAGCUGAUAGUGUGGAGGUUUGGAGAUGAAGGAAAACUCAUAGCUAAAGUUGAUAUAGAGGCCAAGAGCUCACCAUUAUAUUAUGAUGAGAGAUUCAGAGACAGACUGCAGCUGGAUCAUCAGACUGGAUCUCUGACCAUCACAAACACCAGAACCACAGACUCUGGACUUUAUGCAGUGGAGAUCAGCAGCAACAAACAGACUUUAUACAAGAAAUAUACUGUUACCAUCAGUGCUGCUCCAGUUCCAGGUUUGUCUGCAGGUGCUGUAGCAGGGAUUGUUGUUGCUGUUCUGCUGGUGGCUGCAGCUGCAACUGCUGGUGUGAUUUACUAUCGCCGCAAAUUCUCUAAGCAACUAAAUCAAUUGGAGAAGACAAUAGCAGUGAUGGAGGGAGAGCCUGUCACUCUGAAGCCUAAUAAAGAAAUACAGAUAGGUGAUAAAAUAUAUUGGCAGUUUAGAGGAGACCUCGUAGCUAAAAAAGAAGGAGAGACCACUGAUGGUGAGAUUACUGAUGGUCAUGAUGGGAUAUUCAGAGACAGACUGGAGCUGGAGAAUGAGACAGGCUCACUGACCAUCACAAACACCAGAACUGCACACACUGGACUCUACACUCUAGAGAUCAGAAGAGGCAAAAUAAUCUUACGCGAAACGUUCAUUGUUUUUGUCAAAGAUUCCACAGAAGAGCGAGUGAAUGAAUCAGUGAUGCCACUGCUGAAUAGAGAGAAUGGAUGUAGUGAAUGAUGAGGAGGGGACGAGUUCACUUUAAUAUCAUAAGACCCGCCCACCAGUGUCAAUCACUCUGACAUCAUCAACAUGUCAACUGCAGCUACAACAACAUAAACAUGUUUCUGCUUUUAUGAGCCUCUAAAAUCCGUCCAAUGAAAGUGAGAAAUUAAUCUGUGUUGAGCUGAUAAACUUCAUUGUUUUAGAACCACGAAACAUGUUUAUCAAACACUUUCAAAUAUCAUUUUAUUAGGGUUACAUGUCAUUCCUGUUACUCUGUUUAGCAUAGUGUUAGUUUGACACAGUUUUGAUUUUGUGUGAUUGUAGCCAGUGAUUGUCAGAAAGUAUCAUAUGCUUUUUGUAAGAAGUUUCACCACAGCAGUGUUUCUCUAACCACUGUAUUCACUGUUUUUUUAAAUAUAUAUUUAACACCAGUAUCAGAUUAUGUUGAUGGUCAGAAUUGAUCACAGUGUUUCUCCAAAGCUGAAGUCACAUGAUCUUCUCCAUGUCUAUAGUGCCUUCUCAUGCUGAAGCAGUUGAAAUCAGCUUUAUUGCACUUGUAGCAAAUUAAGAUGGAAAAGGUGUGUUGUUCAGUCCUAGUUGUGAUAUGAUACUGCAUGUAUAUAUUUUAUUAAUUUUGACAAAAGCAUUUGCUUGAUGAAUAAAUGCUGAUGUAAGAUAUUGAUAUAUCACUGAUCCUAAUUUUGGAUCAUUUCUGUCCUGUAAUGAGGACACUGACACAGCUUUUGUUUCCUAGCAACUGUUUUUUUUUUUUUUUUAAAUGCAAUGCAUAAACAAUGUGCCUAAAUUUAUUAUAUUAUAAUAAAUUAUAAUAAAUUUAUACAAUUAUAUGCGACUGUUACAAU